AUCCAUUUUGUACAUUUCCACUACUUGGCAAGAGUAUCAUUCCAUGGGAAUAGGAAUUACUGUGAGUUAAAUUUGACAUGGCAAUUAGAGUUGCCUGUAUGCACCUCCUAUAAAACCCGCGGGGCCUGAGCACAGGAGAUGCCUGGAACUUCUCCUUCCUAGGAAAUGGAAAAUGCAGAGGAUCGAAAAUCUGGUAAGGUUGAUUUUCAUUCACCUGGAAGUGAUAAAAAACAUUUUAGAUUAUUUGGCUUCAAGGUGGAUCCUUGUGCAAAUGAGGUGUUCCCGAGGUCUGAAACAGACGAGAGUGUCAAUUCCUCAGACACAGUUUCAUCUGAUAAGGUUGAGAAAGCUUUCGCCUACUUGAGCUCCCCAGAAGAGAGUGUCUCUCCUGAGGCAAAGGAGAAAAACUCAUCCGUUUCUGUGGUGGAGCUUAAAUAUGAAUGCCGCUUCUGUUUGAAGAAGUUUUCAACCUCACAGGCAUUAGGAGGUCACCAGAAUGCCCACAGGAAGGAGAGGCUGAAGAAGAGAAGAAUGGAGGUUGAAGUUAGGAGGGAAAACGGCUUCAAUCUCUACCGUUCAUCUGCCAUGAGAAACACUGGUGUUAUCAUCUACCCUCAUUCGUUUAUCGGUUUUGAUGACCUCUCCUGUAUUCCUACUGUUGCUUUUCCAAAUCCUGUCAUGAAUCUCAGCAAUAUAUGGCCACACCAUAGCUCCUCCACCAAUCUGCCAUAUAGUGAGCUUGAGAUGGAUACCUUCAGAGGAAGAGAACCUGUUGUUAUAAUGCCCUCUGCUUCUCAAGUAUCAUUAUCCAAUGCCAUGGGUCCUCCAGAAAUAAGGUUGAAACUCUUGGAAAGUGAAAGCAAAAUAUAGCUGCCUUUUGUUCUUACACU